CCUUAUAAGUUAACAAUUUCUUCACCACUGACUCCACAACUGUAUUACCACAACACCCACAUAUAUCCUUUGUGUUAUUAACCAUGGCAAACCGUCGAGACAAGGAAGUUGCUAAACAAUAUAGUUCUCAGCCAGUCCCAAAAACGUCUAGUUGGAUUCUUCAGAAAUGGAGGCGUCCAACAAGUCGGUCUUCCACCUCAACUUCCGAAACGCAAAAUGAUAACGAAAAAUCCAACCAAGGCCAUAGUGUACACCGAUGGGCGAUUCCUGAUGAUGAGUCAGUUAAUUGGUCUAAAAGCGUUGUCGAGUUCUACAAUAAUGGGGACUCACCUUUCUGUUAUUCUGUCGUGUUUAACACACCUACACAAUUAGACAAGCGUUUUUGGGGAACCCUCCUUGGUGAUAGGAGCCAUGGCUACCUAACGGAAACACAUAUUCAAGGUUGGGUUGGAAGAAUGAUGAACUGGAGACGUAGACAACUACAAGAAGACCAGUCGUUGGCCUUACCCUGGACGUUAUUACCGCCUCAAUUUUACACGCACUUACUUGAAUCAAGUGCCAAACAUGUCGUUAACUACGCUAACGGAAAGUUAAACCCAUUUCCAUCUUUUUUUCGAAGUUGAUUUUGUUUAUUUCCCUUUCUAUCUUGCAAACAACAAGUGGUUGCAUCUACGUGUGGAUCUCCGCAGUCAAGAGCUACUGAUGUAUUGUAUAGAACCGUUUGACGGUGAGUAUUAUAGGCGGGCGGUUCACCCAAUAAUUACGAAAAUCAAAGUGUACUUCACAGGGUUAUUGGUCCACAUUCAGUACUGGAAGAAGUCAGGACGUACAGAGAGGUGCAUGACGUUUGAAAUCAACGAAGAUUUUGUUCGGUCCUUCCAAGAUCUGGUUGGCAACGAAGGUGUGUACGUUUGUAUGUUAAUGGAGCACCUAGUUACAGGAAAACCCAUCAAUCCAACAGGGGAUUUUAAUGAAGCGGUGGCAAGCUAUCGGUGAUUUAUGGCUGAAAAUUUCUACUUUUGGCGUUGUUUACCGCGUCCGUAAUAGGUUUACAAAGUCUUUAAUCUUUGAUUGUUCCUAUAUAUGCAAGGGCUAAUAUAUACGAAAGUGCCUCCUUAAAAUAUUAUAAUAUCGAUUACAAUUACUAAACAAAAA